AGUCCGACUCGACAGCAACUUCCCCGUCUCCACAGUAAGAAAAGGGCAAAGCAGCUAGGGUUUUUGUAAUUACAGGCACUCUCGGCCUUCCGUUACUCUCCUCAGUAUUCAGUUUCGUCUAAAUUCACAAGCUAGUUACGCCUCUGGUAUCUCCAUAGUUAGAGAAAUAAUAGGAACCAAAUGGAUUAUGUAGCUGAACAAAAUGUCUCAGAAGAGCAGGAACGAAACGAUGGUAGUGCAGGACAUGAAUUAAAGCAUUCACUCGAUGAUUCUUCUGCAGGAAAGCUUUUCGUCGGAGGCAUUGCUUGGGAGACCAGAGAAGAAUCUUUUAGGAAGUAUUUCAGCAGGUUUGGAGAGAUAACAAAUUGUGUAAUAAUGAUGGAUAAGGUCUCUGGAAGGCCACGGGGAUUCGGCUUUGUAACAUUUGCAGACCCAGAAGCUGCAAAUAAGGUUUUAGAGGAAGAGCACAUCAUAGAUGGUAGAACGGUGGAAGUGAAGAGGAUAGUACCUAAGGAGGACAUGCAAGUUAAAGGAUCUCCGAAAACAAAGAAAAUUUUUAUCGGCGGUCUUUCAUUAACUUUAACUGAAGAUGAGUUGAAGGAAUAUUUUUCUUCUUAUGGCCAUGUUCUGGAGCAACAAAUCAUGCUGGAUCGUGAGAGUGGUCGAUCCCGAGGCUUUGGCUUCAUUACUUUUGAUAGUGAAAAUGCCGUUGAAAAAGUUUUAAACAAUGGCCGUAUGCAUGAAAUCCAUGGCAAACAAGUUGAAAUUAAGAGGGCUGAGCCAAAAAGAGCUGGUGCUGAAAAUGCAAUUGAGAGCCGGCAGCAUCGUGGUGGCAGUGGUUCGAGAUCGUACAAUAACUUUGGUGGGUCUGAAGGAGGGUAUGGUGGUGGAUACGGUAGAGGGUAUGGUGGAUAUGGAGGCUAUGGUGGUGGCAUUGGUUAUGGUGGUGGUGGCGGUGGCGCUGGAUAUGGCGGUGUCGGCGCUGGCGCUGGCUAUGGUGGUUAUGGAAACAUUGGAGGAAGUUAUGGCGGAGGUGGUACAGGAUAUUUCUCUGGAUAUGGUGGAUAUGGUUAUGGAUUUGGGUUUAGUGGACCUAUGUAUGGCGCAGCUGGAUACGGAGGCACUAGCUAUGGUGCUCCUGGUAGCUAUGGUGGUGCUGCUGGGUAUGCUAGCGGUAGAGGAUACACAAGCAGUGAUGAUGGUAGCUGGUAUGGUGGGGCUAGAAGCUCUGCAUCUUUCAAUGCUAAAGGGUAUGACACCGGGGGUAGCACUGGAGGUGCUAAAGCAUAUGGUAAUGGUGGUGCUACAGGUGGAAGGUUUCAUCCUUACAUGAAUUGAGACCUUCCUGACGAGUCUAAUGUUGCAAUUGUUUUGACUACUCUUGGUUGGCUCAAGCUAGACGUAAAAUCUUUGCUGCUGAGUUUGUUUUCUUUGGGGUUGAUGAUUCAGUUAGAUGUAACCUGCUUAUUUUUUGAGUAAACCAUCUGUAGAUUGUAUGUAUUAGCAUACUGAUCUGCGUGAACUGUAACCACACUGUCUCUUGGCUUAAGUUAUUUUACCCUUUCUGUUAAGGUAAGGGAAGAAGUUACAAACUCUGUAGUAUUGCCGUACUGCUCUGAAAUUUGGAUGAUACGGUUGCUUUUACCUACAGGGACGAUUGAUAGUUGUUAAAUUAGA